CCCCUGGCGCAGGAGAAGGCGGGGGGCCCCUCGGUCCCCUCGCACCUCCUGGGGACGCCGUACUCCUUCGGGCUGCCCCCCAGCUCCGUGGUCCAGGACUCCCGCUUCCCACCGCUCAACCUGCAGCGCCCCAUCCACCACGUGGUGCCCCCCAGCGCCGUCACCGAGGACUACCUGCGCAGCUUUCGGCCCUACCACACCGCCGAGGACCUCCGCAUGUCCUCCCUGCCCCCCCUCGGCCUCGACCCGGCCACGGCGGCCGCCUACUACCACCCCAGCUACCUGACCCACCACCCCUUCCCGCACCCUGCCUUCAGGAUGGACGACUCGUACUGCCUGUCGGCGCUGCGCUCCCCCUUCUACCCGCUGCCGGCGCCGGGCUCGCUGCCCCCCCUGCACCCGUCGGCCAUGCACCUGCACCUCUCGGGCGUGCGGUACCCCGGCGAGCUGUCGCACUCCUCGCUCUCGGCGCUGCAGUCGGAGCGCAUCUCCAGCCUCGCCGCCGAGAGGCUGCAGAUGGACGAAGAGCUGCGGCAGAGGGAGAGGGAGCGCGAGAGGGAGAGGGAGAAGGAACGGGAGCGGGAAGCCGACCGGGAGCGGGAGAAGGAGCGCGAACGGGAGCGGGAGCGCGAGAAGGAGCUGGAGAGGGAGCGCGAGAAGGAGCGGGAGCGGGAGCUGGAGAGGCAGAGGGAGCGCGCCCGCGAGAAGGAGCUGAGCAUGGUGAAGGCCAUGGAGAGCCCCUUCCUGCCCAUGGCCGAGCUGCACGGGCUGCGGGGCCACCCGGCCGAGGAGCGGGGCAAGUCUUCGGAGCCGCUGGCACCCGGCAGAGCAGAGAAACUCAAGGACUCGGUGCUGGCCACGCCGAAGCCCAUCCAGCACCCGCUGCACCAGCCGCCGGCCUCGCACCACCCCGUGCCCAGCCUCAUCCCCAACCACAACGUGUUCCCCCUGCCCGGCAGCAGCGCGGCCACGGCGCUGCUCAUCCACCGCACCAACGAGGAGGAGAAGUGGCUGGCGCGGCAGCGCCGGCUGCGCCAGGAGAAGGAGGACCGCCAGUCCCAGGUCUCCGAGUUUCGGCAGCAGGUGCUGGAGCAGCACCUCGACAUGGGGCGCACCCCGAGCCAGCCUGAGCCCGAGCACCGCCCGGAGAACCCCAGGUAGGGCUCCUGCUGUAAA